UCCAGAAAACUUGCACUUUGUCUCCCCAAAUAAUAGAUGGAGCUUUCAGACGUAAUCUUACCCCAGCUGAGUGGUUAAGCUCCCUCCAGAUUGAAACUAUGGGAUUACACAAAAUUAAGAUGAGAUUUAUUUCUCUAGUUACCUACAUAUGCUUCCUUGCCUCCGUCCACCAAGCACCCCUUCCUGAUGCCACCAUCUCUGAUCUCUCCUUCAAAAAUAUGGACUGUGCCAUGAACCUCUACAGAACAAUAUCGAGCUACCACGACAAGAACAUCUUUUUCUCCCCUCUUAGCAUCUCCAACAGCUUCGCUGCUCUCUUAAUGGCCUCAGAUGGUGUCACACAUCAGGAAAUAUUAAGGGGACUCAACCUGGAGCAGCUGGAGCAGGCAAAUCAGCCAGAACUCAUCCCACAACUUUUUCAACUCCUGAAUGAGAAUAUCACCCAGAACGGAUCACUGGUAAUCGACCAGACUAUGGCUCUGUUCGUGCACCCACAGUUUGAGGUCAAGAAGGUAUUUGAAGACCAAAUUAAGACAUUUUUUGAUGCGGACAUCAAAAGUUUAGACUUUUCAAGCACAGCGAACAGCACAAGAAUCAUUAACGAGUACAUACAGCAGAAGACUGAGAACAAAGUGACUGGCUUGAUUCCCAGUCUGGAUCCAGACACCCAGCUCAUGUUGAUCAGCACCAUUUUCUUCCAAGGAGGUUGGCAGAAACCUUUCACCUCAAACUACACUAAAAAUGCUCCUUUCUACAUCGACAACUACAGAGUUGUACAAGUGCCUAUGAUGUUUAUGGAGGAUAAGUUCUACAUGAUGGAAGAUGCCCGCCUUGGUGCUAAAGUGUUAAAGCUGCCAUACAGGGAAGGUGUUUCCAUGCUUAUUCUACUCCCCAACAAAGGCAUAGACUACACUGUGAUCGAUGAAGAGAUAACUGCUGAGAGGUUCCUCAGCUGGAUCGCAAAGCUGGAAAAAAUAAAACUGGAAGUCAACAUGCCCAAAUUCAAGAUGGAACAAUCGUAUUCUCUGCACAGCCUCCUCCCACAUAUGGGCAUGGCCAGUAUCUUCAGUAGUUCAGCCAAUUUGACCAAGCUGAGCAAGGACGAAAAACUCAAAGUUUCAGAAGUGCUGCACAAAGCGGUGAUUGAGGUGGAUGAGACUGGAACCACUGCAGCAGCAGCAACUACUGCCAGCAUUACGCCAUACGCCUUACCCAGGUCCUUCAUUAUGAACAGACCAUUUUUCUUCUUCAUUUACCACGAAGCCACAAACUGUCUGCUGUUCAUGGGCAGAGUCAUCGACCCCACCCAAAACUGACAAUAUGGUGUUUGAUUUCUGAAGUGCUUGUGCAUCAUCUUGUUUUAAGUUGGGCUUAAAAAUCUACUUUGAUGCAUUUUAAGUUCAGUCUUAUCUACAGGUCUGUUCUGUAAGCCUCUGAUAAUUGAUCCCUUUAAUAAAGAUUUUAAGUUUCUAUGCA